GCGAAGCAAAAACGAACAUAGAGAAAAAUCUAACAUCAAAAUAGAAACAGAUCACGAUUGAUUGAUUCUACUCUCUGGAAAACAAUUCUGAGAAAUUGAUGUUGUCAAUUGCGCAAACAUUACAUAUAAAUAUAAUUUGUACUAUCGUGCAUUUAUAUAAAAUGGUAUAAUUAAUUAAUAAUAACUAUGGCAUAAUGUCUUUGCAUCCAUGUACCUAUCCCGACCCUGGUUUCUUUACGAAGACUUCUUUAAUCCAAUUCGGCUAUGGAGUGUGGGUGAACUUAUCUGUUGUUAUGAUUGGUCUGGCAUUCAGUUUCCCAGCGGUGGCAAUACCACAACUAAAGUCGCCAGAGUCCAAUAUUAUGAUAAGCAUCAGUGAGGAAUCCUGGAUUGCAAGUGUUCUUACACUGGUGUCUCCCAUCGGGUGCGUCACGUGUGGCUAUUUUAUGGAUAGACUAGGCCGCCGGCCAUUGUUGAUUUUCAGCCCUCUACCACUCAGUAUAGGCUGGUUUUAUACGGGCUUUGCAAAACAGGCCAAGGAUAUUAUUAUAGGUAGGAUAAUCACGGGUAUAGGCGUCGGUAUGGCGAUGAGUGUACCCCGAGUUUACCUGACUGAAAUCUCUUUGCCCAAUAUGCGUGGCGUUAUUGGUUCCUUUCCAAAUGUUGCCAUGUCCAUUGGGAUCACCGUUCAGGCUGGCUUAGGUGCUGUAUUUCAUUGGGAAACCUUAUGCCACAUCGCAGGCUCUUACGGAUUAUUUCUAUGUUUUCUGAACUUCUUUCUCCCCGAAACGCCAUACUUUUUACUUGAAAAGGCAACGAUGGAUGACGCAGAAAAAUCGUUGAGAAGGUUUCGAUCCAACAAACAUAACAUUGAAUGGGAAAUGGAAGAAUUAAUGGAUUUUAAAAUAGACAAUAAUAUAAAAAAGCUAACUUUGGGAGAGCAGUUUGCAGCUUUAUUCCGCAAAUCGUCCUGCAAACCAUUCUGGAUUGUGAUGAUAUACAUCCUCAUUACUCAACUGUCAGGUGUCACGAUUUUAAUCAUGUGGGCUGUCGAGUUAUUACAGAACUCAAAAUCAUCGGUUGAUCCGCAUGCGGGAAACGUAAUGCUGGGUCUGACUAGGCUUUUCUCUGGAAUCGCUGCGUCUGCACUUAUCUUCAGAACGGGCAGAAGGCCACUUGCACUUGUAUCAGGUUUAGGUGUAGGCAUCGUUUGCCUCGCGCUAGGCCUUACCAUUCAAUACAAGGAAUACCCAACAGUAUUCCCUCAAAUCGGGUAUAUUUUAUAUAUUAUCUUUGGGUCUUUGGGACAUUACACGCUACCAGUUCUCAUCAUGUUUGAACUCUAUCCAUUACAGGUACGAGGUAUUCUCGGCGGAAUAUCUAUGUCGAUACUGAACUUUAUGAUAUUUGGCGCAAACAAGACGUAUCCGUACGUACGAGAUGCGCUUGGCUAUCCGUACACCAUUAUGACUUUUGGAGUUUGUUCAUUAUUGGGUUGCAUUUACCUUUAUUUCUACUUGCCUGAAACAAAGGGACUGACCUUACAAGAGAUAGAAGAAUACUACAACGAUCUCCGUCCGACUCUAACCUCACAACGUCUCAUUCGUUCUGAGAUGUACAUAAGAGGAGUUGGUCUUGGUAGUCCGAGCAGGUCUUUAAUACGACUGGACAGGUUUAAAGAUAAAUCAUUACAUAUGAAGAGGGGAUCUAUUUCCAAAAAAGGGAGUAAUGAAGAUGAAACAAAAGAUAACGCUGAUAAAGAUAAAUAGCAAGAUAAUUAAAUGUGUUACUAUGCUUACCACAUAAUUCCAAGUUGGUUGACUUCGUACCGUAUAGUUCCAAGUACCAGCGCCGGAACAAUCAGCAUUGAAGUCAGGAUUUUUUAUUGCUGAUGGAAUUUACAGAGUAAUUUGCUGUGCGAAUGACAGCCAGAGGCAAUCAUCUAAGUUUAUGUUUCGCAGUAGGCUUGCUAUU